CAGAGAAAGAGAGAGAGAUACGACUUGAUACGACAAUGGAAGCAGCCUCGAGCAGCCGGUAGAAUACGACGAGGAGCCGAGGAGAAAACGAGCAGCACGAGGGAGGCUUUUAUUAAAAAAAAAAAAAAAAGAAAAACAGCGGGAUGUACAGUGAGACUCGGCUCGCGCGGAAGGAGUUCUGGUCUAAAAUGGAGCAGUGAGAUUUAGGGGGGAAACGAGGCUCCGUCUCCAUCACUGAGAGGCGCGUCCACCUGCUACGAGCCGAGGCCCGGGAAAAAAAGACAAGAAAACAUGGAGAAGUGGGUGCGCUGAAGGAGGAGGAGGAGGGGGGGAAACGUUUAUCUGACCGGCCCGAGCUCUGAUUUUUUACGAAGCGACGCGACAGAGGUGGGACAGUGGAGAUGAUGCACAAGCAGAGUGACACUCUCUCACACUGAUGGAUGUCCUAAAGGAGACAGGUCUCCAUGUGCCGACUUUGAAUUCAGUGCAGACCAGUGCAUUAGACCAGUCUGGAUCAUGUGACCUGAGAGGUAAUCUAAAGUUGUAUGGUGCUACAGAUAACACCUUCCCCCUGUCCUCCUCGGUUGCUGUAUUGAGUGCCCAAAGAAGUGGUUCAGACGGCCAUAGAGUAGCAUUGGCAUUAAGAGAGUACUGCCUCCCAAGCCCACCCUCACCUCUGACUCUAACUAAGACACCCGAGCAACCUACUGAUGAGUCCAGCAGCUGUGCCAUAUCCCUCACAGCUUGUGUUACCAAGGAUGUAAAUCCCUGGACCCUGUCAGAGGACAGUAAUAAAGCAUCCCUCACCAUAAUGGAGCCAAUUGGCAUGUCUGGGAUGACAGAGGACUGCCUAAUCCAGCAAAACCGUACUUGCCUGGGCUGCGCCGUUGAGACAAAGGAUGCACUGGAUACUGAGCCUAUUAUUAAUCUAAAAAUGACUGACGUGAACCAUGAAUAUGAUGCUUGCUCCAUCUCCAACAUGCAGUGUAUCGGCCUCGGCGGUGAAACAGGCAAUUGCUCAGAGCAGCUACUGGCUGACCAGCUUUUGAUCUUUCCCAUGCCUAAAUCUCAGACCGGAGAAAAAAAGAAUUUAGAUAAGACAGAAAAUGACCCAGAUCAGUCAUCCAGAAGCAUGUUUGAAGGUCUUCUGCUGGACAAAUGCAAUGGAGAGAAUGGUCUGCUCCCCAGUUCAAACCAGGACUGGGGUUACAUCGAGUCCUUUAUCAGUGAGAGCAAAAUAGAAUUGCUGGACCUGUGUUCAAAAAAUGAGCUCUCGGUAAACCUUUUCUCAGAAGAAGAUGUGGAUAACUAUAUGUUUGACGAUGACGAUGAUUCUGCCCUGAGCAGUGACAUGUGCUCGCUGAAAAUCCGCUAUGAGUCAUUCCAGGACAACAUGAGAGAAAAGACGAAUGUCUUGCAGGAAGAAACCCAGUUUAACUUUUUCCCCAGUGUCAUGGUAAACUCCACAAAAACAGAGGGUAGUGUGAUAAAGAAGAAUGCAGAUGACCUUUUAACUAAACCUGAAGACCUUGCACUAGAGAAUGAACAUAAAGAAAAUGGCAGUAAUAGCUCCUUAGAGAGAGCAUCUGAUUAUAGUCCAGAAAUUAACUUCUUCAUUGAUUCGAGCAACUCAACUGAAGACUCAGAGGAAUAUAGUGAUGACAGCUCUAGCACUGGGUCUAUUGACACUUUUCUUCUGAGCAAAGAGAGAAACUUCUUUUCACAAAAGAAUGUUUGCUCUUCCAACCCUCUAAAUUAUGGCUUGAGAGCAAAAAGAAAAGUCAGGUACAGUGAUGACUACCUUUAUGAUGUUGACUCUAUUGACAGUGAAAAAAACAAUGAAAAGCGUGAACAGACAUCUACUGGUCCAAGACAGGAAGAGGAUGAUGACUGGUGCCCUAAAAAGAGAAGAAAAUCUUCCCGGAAAGAACCACCCGUGAUAAUUAAGUAUAUUAUUAUCAACAGAUUUAAAGGGGAAAAACACAUGUGUGUAAAGCUCUGCAAAACUGAUCCAACAGUCACAACUGUGUGUUUAAAUGAAAACACAGUUAGCAAAUAUGAAAAACUGGCACCUCUGAAGGAUUUCUGGCAGAAGAAACAAAGGGAGCAUGAAGAACAGCUUAGACUGCAUGCAGACGAUCAACACAAUUUUCACCUUAAUGGUAAUCGCAUGUUUAGUUCUAGCCCUCCCAAAAGGAAACACAAGCUAGCAAACAGACUUAGGAUUCAGAGGAUUCAAGCUGUGCUGCAGUCGCCCCACAAGCAGGACUUCUGUUACUCUGACCUAAAGCAGGAAUCUGGCUCAGCUUGUGAGACAGCUCCCACAGCAAGACCAUUAACAAUAGCAGCCCCCAGUUGUUUAAGUACAUUAGACCCAGAUGACAUCAUCCACACUGUUACCCCAAAGAGCAGAUCACAACGGAGAGAGGAGAGAAGAAUAGGAAGUAAAAUGGUUAGAAUUCGGAAAUUUAAAAGUGAAGCAAGGAUCAGAAGUGAGAGAAUGAAGAAAUUUGAAGAGAACACUGAAAGCAAGUCAGACAUACCUGAAGCAUGUGUGGCGACAGAAAAUACAGACAUUAGUGGAAACAAAACAGAGACGAACUCAGCUAUACACAGUCCUCAGAGUCAAACAGCUAAGACCAGUGAAAAAAUAGUUUUUAUGACUAACACAUGCUCCUAUAACAAAGCUACAUCAUCUGAUGAUGUGGCCACAGGUAUGUCUGUUAUCCCUGGAGGCUAUCUGCAGACAUUGUUGGAAGCCUCAGACUCCAUGAGUGGCUCUGGUGGAUCGUUUUUUCCUCAGCAGAACCCCAGGCAACAAUCUCUGGGUCUCUCUCUGGAAGAGCAGCAAUUUACUCCUCUUCAGCUAGCGCAAAGCUGCGUACUCUCCCCACCCUCUGAAUCAGAGCUCCAACAGUCGCCUCAGAACUGCCCCAGUCUUACCCAAAUGUGGCACACUCCGCUUGACCCAAAUCAGCAGUUCCCCUCUGAUGUCCCUGAGACAGCAAUCUUGCCCAACAACUUUCCUAGUACCAUGUCUUUGCCAAUAGCAGAAAACCUUGCAGUUUCAGGGUACAGUCAGUUGGAGCUGGAUAACAACAGAAUCCUUUAUGAAAAAAAUUACAUGCCAGAACAGGCACUACCGGCUGAUUCAGAUUUUCAAGUAUGUCAAGUUCCCAGUAUGGAAGGCCAACUACAGUUUCAAAGAGGGGCACUGCACAGUAGCAAUGGAAGGCUUAUCAGUUUCGAUUCAGUUGGCUCACUGUCAGCUACUUCCAGCAAUUACAGCUCUUUAAGUCUUAAGGCUUGUGAGAAAGAUGGUGAGAAUGAUGUGAAUGAGAACUUUCUGGCCCACUGCAGUCCCAAACUGGUGAUUCAACAGAACGUUGAAGCAAUCACACCACUGCGGGAGUCAACAGACUUGCUUGAUAUCUCCAACUUCACUCCUGAUAAAUUCAGACAUGCAUCACUGUCGGAGCUCUCACCUCCUGAGACCCCCAACUUGUCCCCACAGGUCACAUGGCGAGAGCUGAAAAUAUCGGGAAAUUCCAAGGUUCUCCAGAAUGGGUCUGAGCUAAUAUCGGAGGGUACUCAAGAGGUGAAAUGGAAUUGCAACAUUACAGAACACCAAGAACACCUGCCUGGAUUUGGAGGAGAUAAUAACCAGUAUCAGUUGCACAGUUCUAAUAAUGACAACCAUAUCAGCCUGGAAAAGAAGCCAAUUAAUGAAACUGGUGCUGAAGUGAUCAAUGGGAAAAAAGGCUCAAAGAAGAAAGGCAGCAACAGACAAACUUCAGGACAAAAUUCUAAAAAAAGCAAAGCAACCAAACCAAAACCUGCAAAGGGAGAGAAGGUCAAGACCCCAAGACAGAAUUCACGAGCAUCAAAAAAGCUAAAAGCCUUAUUGGAUGAAAAGACUAAAGGCCAGCUUGGGGACACAAAGUGCAUGACACAUCAGCUGAUAGAUAGCAGUUCUGAGGACUGGCCCGGAAUAGGCUGGUCAGAGACCAACAGUUACACAGAUGAUCAGCGAGAGUUUGAAGAGCCAUCCAACAUCCUUUCUAACAUUGUAUCAGGGAUGGCCGAAGUGCAGCGUUUCAUGAUGACCUCUAUCGAGCCGAUAUGGGGCCCUGCUACAGACAUCUGUUUACCUUCAGAGGUAAAUAGUCUAAAGUUAAAGACACUAAAAAUCCUCGCAGGAACCUCAUCUGAACCCAAGAAAAAAGGUUCCGUGUCUGCCGAAGGGGCAAAAGGCAAGAAAGGAGGGGGGAAAUGUGGAAAGUCGCAAGCUAAGUUCAAUUCCUCUCAUCCUCUCUUCCCCCAGUUGACUCUGGGCUGUAACAUGUUUGAUAAGUCUAAUCUUGGGGUACCAGGCGUGAAUGGACCUGCACACAAAAAAAUGUAUCGUCAUAAAACCAGCUCUAAAUUCCCUCGGAUUGAAAACCUUAAAGGCAAGCGGGCUGACCCAAACAAGGACAUAGCAUUGAUGACCUCAUUUGAAAAACUGAGGUAAUACUUUGUAACUAGCUGCUGAUGCACGUUCCUCACUUUUCCCCAUUUCCCGCUCAGUCCUCACACCCUGGCACACCUGCACUGACUUAAAGCCGGAGAUGCAUGGAAAUUACCCUUGACCCACCCUUUCUUAUUUCGGCCCUCUAAAGAAGAUAUAGAUAUCUUGCAUGAGAAACUACAUGUACUUACAAACUACCUAUUGAGUGAUUGUGCGAGGCUUGAUUGAGAUUUUAACCUACCAUGGCUGCAUUUUCUUCAUGCUUUUGCAAUUUUUCUUGUAGUUGUUUUCGUUCUUUUUGUCUAAAGAUAAAAAAAAAAAAAACCUUCAUAAAUGCAAUGUGUCUUCUUGGGAGCCAUUUUAUAAAAGUGAAAUUUGCUAUCCUAAUUGUGUGUUAUUAUACUUCUUUGUUUGAAACAUAGUUAUUUGGAUUAAAAAAAAAAAAAUGCUGUUGUGCAAAGUAAGCUCCUCAAUUAGAUUUUGUAUGCAAAACAGGAUGACCUCAUCUUGCUCUCUCCCCCAUACUGCCUGACUUUUUCAAUUCAAAAUGCUCAUCCUACUAUCCUGGAUAAGCAACAUCCUUUGUAGGCCCUAAAAACGUUGAUAGCACACAUUGGGACCAUUUUGUAUCAAAGACAUAUCAGAUUAACAUUUUGUCCUAUUUUUUCUUACUGAUGGCAUGGAAUUAUAAUUUUAUUCUUAUGCUUUUACUAUGCUUUUACAGGAGUAUUACUGGAACCUAUGUUAGAGGGACAUUUCUAAGCCAUGGAAUCUCACUUUUUUGGGUGUCUCUGUACAGAAAUGCACUAUUUAAUGACAACAAGAGUUCUAAAGAUCAAUGUGCCAAAUGUAAACCCUGUGCAAAUUUAUUAGCUAUAUAAAAACUGGCUGUUGAAUUUACUAUUCAUAAGAAUUUUGGCCGUACCCUUUGAAGACUGUGAGAGUUAACAUUCCAGAUUUUUCCCUCUUUCUUUUUGGGAUCCUAUAUUACGUAGAGCACCUGCAGCUGACAGUGGUACACAGCCACUCACAUAACCAAAACAAGACUGAACUCUCCUCUUCUUUUCCACUGACUUGCCAAAAUCUAUUUACCUCAGCAUUGCGUGACUUUGAAAAUAAAGUCAAGCAAGGAACGAUGAAAAGCACAGAAGAAAAUAUGGACACUGUUCUGGAUAACCAAGGACACCAUACUGACAUUAAAGGGUUAGCAUGGUAAUGCUUAUAUAAUUCAUUUUACAAAAAUUCAUAGGAAUGCCCAUUUCAGGUUAUUUUAAAUGAAUGCUGAAAUCAAAAGUAACACUUUGGGAGAAAUUUACAUAAUUUACAUAGGUUUGUACAUGCCUGCAAUGCAGGUUUAGGGAAUAUUACAAUGUACAGAAACCUCAUGUAACUGAAUUAUUAAAAUAUUUUCUGUUCCAAACGACAUGGCUAUCAAACUCUUAAAGAAAGCUUUGUGCACUGGUUUUUGGUACAGAAGGCCAAAAUUCUGAAAAUGUUUAUUUAUUUAUUUUUUAGUCCACUUAUUCAGUUAACUUAUUAUUCAGAUAAUCAUGAGGUAGCAAAUUGUUUAUCACGACAAUAAACUGGUCAGUUAAACAUAGAGAUAAUUUCUUAGGACAUUUUUUGCGAAUCUUCAGGAGAAAGGGUGAUACAGUAGCUUCUCAGCCUCAAGGUCCUGGUUUUGAACAUGAUCUUGGGCUACCAUCUGCAUGGAGUUUAGCGGUUUUCAGGUUUCCUCUUACUCCUCCAGAAACAUACAGGAAGACAGAUAAUUGACACUAAUUUGAUUCAUGGUGAGAAAGUGCAUGCAUGAUACCUGCAACUUAUUGUUAUAUUGUACCAGUUGUAUGAGCUAUAUGCAUUAACAAUGUUGGUCACAACAAACUGUUUCAUAGUCUAUUAACUGGGGGGUGGUGACAUUCUGAAAGGGGCUUGAUUAAAAAAAAAAAA